AUUGUUACACAUAUUUCAAUAGUUUUGUUUGGCCAUCAGUCUGACUGUGGCAGGGAAGAAGCUGUUGAAACAACGUGUUCUCUGAGUGAUGAUGCUGUUCGCUCUGCUGUGUCUCAGGUUGUACGUGACCUGGGUGGAGUCUCUGAUGAUUCCCUCUGCUCUUUUCUGAAAGCGCUGCACAUACAUAGAGUCCAUGGCAGGAAGGUGUGUACCUAUGAUCCUCUCUGCAGUCUUUAUGACUCUCUGCAGAGCCUUCCUCUCUGCCUGUGUUGUGGUACCAUACCAGACAGUGAUGCCUGCGGUGAAGAUCCUCUAUACCAGUUCUCUGUAGGCCUGGGUGAGAAGGCGGCGGUUCAGACCGGCUUUCCUGAGCAGCCUGAUGAAAUAAAGCCUUUGCUGUGGCUGUGGUGGUAAGAGUCCAGCUCGGGUCAGAUGUAACCUGCAGUCCCAGGAAUCUGUAGCUGUCGGCCCUCUCCACCUCAGUCCCUUUGAUAAGAGGCUGUAGAGGGGGAGGAUUCUUCCUGAAGUCCAGUAUUAUUUAUUUGGUCUUGUCCGUGUUAAAGAUGAGGUCAUUCUCCUCUCCAUAUACAAGAAUGUUGUUUACCAGGGUCCUGUACCCUGACAUUAAGAAUGCGUGAUAUUCAACUUUUAAAUAAUCAGCGUCAGCUUUUAAAUAAAUCUUGAAAUAUUCCACAUAUUUCAUACAUUAUUAUAAUAAGUGUUUUUAGAGUCUGCCCAUAUUAGGGAAUUACGUCAGCAGCUUCAAUUUGGCACAUUCUUCUUGUUACACAGAUUGCAGAGAAGGGGAAUUCUAAAUUAUUCUAGGUUAUAAUUAUUUUUUUAAUUCUCUGGCAGAUUUCUUUACAGAUAAAAAAUGUAAUUAAAUUACAUUGUUCGGGUUAGGACCUGGCUUAUGUCAACUCGAUCUUAAACGAGUCACUUGUCCGGAAGUGUAGUUAUUUGUAGUCAAAUGAAAAACGCCGUCAUCACACAUCAAAAGAGGUGAUAGAGGAUGAGAAGCUGAAGCAACAUGUCACUGGAAGCACGAGCCGGGGGCAGAGACUCUGGAGCCUGCUAGCAGCAGCUAGUGUGGAUAGAGAGCACCCAGAGGUGGGGGGCAGAGACUCUGGAGCCUGCUAGCAGCAGCUAGUGUGGAUAGAGAGCACCCAGAGGUGGGGGGCAGAGACUCUGGAGCCUGCUAGCAGCAGCUAGUGUGGAUAGAGAGCACCCAGAGGUGGGGGGCAGAGACUCUGGUGCCUGCUAGCAGCAGCUAGUGUGGAUAGAGAGCACCCAGAGGUGGGGGGCAGAGACUCUGGAGCCUGCUAGCAGCAGCUAGUGUGGAUAGAGAGCACCCAGAGGUGGGGGGCAGAGACUCUGGAGCCUGCUAGCAGCAGCUAGUGUGGAUAGAGAGCAGAGCGGUCAGGCGCGGGAACCAGAGACACUGGAACCGCUCGGCAGCAGCAGGAAGAUGCGCUGUGAACGGGACAACGAAGGAAAUACAAGGGGGCUCCAAGUGGUAGCCAGCCAGCCAACUAGCCAGCCCACCGGUCAGCGCUGCAGCUCGACAUGAGCCGUGUGUCCUGACACGGAGCUCGCCGGACCAACUCGUUCAGAACCGAAUGUCGGAGUUACAGAAAAGGAGCUGAACAGCGGGCUGUCUCAUCGUCCCUCCGUCCCUCUCCAAGCCACUCGGCUACAUGGCUAACUAUCAGCCACCAUAACAACUAACAAGAGUCUGCUCCACUGUGGGACAGUUAGUGUUGAGAGAUUGAAGAUGAUGGCUGAAGGGUAAUAUCCAAGAAGUCGCAUUCCCUCAACCCAAAGUGACCCCACUUCCCCCUUCUUUUACGUUCAUCUGCACUUUUGCAACCUCCCCUUGCCUGACUUUGCGUGUCCUAUCUCAGCCCUUUUCCAAAAUAGGAUUUUAAUGGAAUGUGUGCAUUCCACAGUAGGAUAAUGUGAAUUCAAUUGGACAAUUCUCCUCCUCACAGCCUUCAGACCAAAAAACAGAAUGACUUUCAAAUUUGAAAAAAUUACAAUGUGAUCGGAUAUCAACUUCUGGCCCAUCUGAGAUUUCCACCUCAGUCUGUAGGACUCGGACUCUGGUUCCAUCACUUGUUCCCUACCGGCAGCCUUUUCCACAUCCCCAUCCCUUUUCACGUGUCAGUGGGCCAUGGUUCGCAAGAAAGGUUCUCUUAUACUAUGCGGUGCUUUCCUGUUUGUUGCCUGGAAUGCUUUGCUUCUACUUUAUCUUUGGGGCCGUCCUCCCAUUGGCCGCCUCGGAGAAGGUGUUGGAGCCGAACCAGGAGGAAAGGAAGAGUGGGGUGUGGACAGAGGGAAAGGAGUCCCUGUCAACCUGGCCGCGGAGGUGAUCCGGCUGGCAGAGGAGGUCGAAAUUCAACUAGAGACCCAGAAAGAGCUACUGAAGCAGAUUGAAAGUCACAGGGCAGUGUGGGCUCGACAGAAAGACGUUGGGAAAAGAGAAACUGAGGAUACAAAGGAAGUCAAACAAGAGGUUGUCCACCAGCCACUAAAGCCUCCACUCUCUCGAAAAGACAGUGAGGAUGAAAGGGACCAAACUCAAGUAAAAAAUACACAGAAGCCUGUUUAUACAGUAGCUUCAGAUGCUAAGUUAGAACAGCACCAGGCCAUUGACAUAAAGGAAGACAUCGGUGAGGGCAAUAAAUUGCCGACUUCCGUUGCCAGCCCAGAGGUCGUCAUUCCCAUUCUAGUCAUUGCUUGUGACAGAGUGACAGUAAAACGGAGCCUUGAGAGACUGAUACAGUACCGCCCUUCUCCAGCACUAUAUCCAAUUAUUGUGACCCAGGACUGCGGCCAUGCCGAGACGGCUCGAGUGAUUGCCUCAUAUGGAGAUCAAGUGACGCACAUUAGCCAACCGGACCUGUCGGACAUCAGAGUCCGACCAGAGCACAGGAAGUUCCAGGGCUACUACAAAAUUGCCAGACAUUACCACUGGGCACUUAACCAGGUGUUCAACACGUUUUCCCAGUCUACUGUGGUCAUAGUGGAAGAUGACCUGGAGGUGGCCCCGGACUUCUUUGAGUAUUUCCGAGCCCUGUACCCGAUCUUGCGUGCUGACCCCUCCCUGUGGUGUGCUUCUGCGUGGAACGAUAACGGCAGAGACGCCUUGGUGGAUCCAUCCAAAGCCGGCCUGCUCUACAGAACAGACUUCUUCCCCGGUCUGGGCUGGAUGCUGCUGAAGGAGAUGUGGGAUGAAUUGGAACCCAAAUGGCCCUCUGCCUUCUGGGACGACUGGAUGCGCCAACCGGAGCAACGCAAGGACCGCUCCUGCAUCCGACCCGAAAUCUCCCGCACUAUCACCUUUGGCCGGAAAGGCGUCAGUUUAGGUCAAUUCUUUGACCAGUACCUUCGCUAUAUUAAGCUCAACACUGAAUUUGUGCCUUUUACCAAACAGGAUUUGUCUUAUUUGCUAAAAGAGAAGUAUGAUGAAAAUUUUAUAAAAGAGAUUUACAGUGCCCCUCUGGUGAAAUUUGAGGACCUGCAACAAGGGGGCAGCUUAAGAGGCCCUGGACCAUACAGGGUGCAGUACUCAACCCGGGACAGUUUUAAAGUCUUUGCUCGAAAUCUAGGGGUGAUGGACGACUUGAAAUCUGGAGUUCCUCGUACAGGUUACAGGGGCAUAGUGAAUUUCCUGUACCGGGGUCGAAGGGUGUUCUUGGCUCCACAAGAGGGCUGGACCCAGUAUAACGUCAGCUGGAGCUGAGAGAAGGAUCCAGACUACAAUGGGAAUGGUGACGGGGAGAGAGCCUUACUCAGAGGAACACCCUCUUAGACCAAAGAAUAUCAGCAGACACAGUGGUUCAUGAAGGGCCUAAAGCAGCACCGAUUGGUGGGGAGAUCAAGUGUUGACCCGGGCCUGUUUGUUACGCAAUGCUGAUUUAGGAUCAGCCGGUUCAACGGCCACACAUACUUCAAAGAGUUAAAAGUUUUAGGGCACGAAAAUUCCACCUUAAACACUACUUUAAAACAGCCAUUGGCAACGUGCCUUUCUUUCUGGGCCCAUUUAGUUUUUGUGUUUUAUUCCUCUAAAAAACUGUCCGAAUGCAAACUGAACGUCACGGUCACAUGUUUGCAGCAGCUGUAAAUGCAGUUGGGUAGCAGGACACAUUUGAUCUGUUUUAGUGUCUGUGAUAUGAUGAUACACCUGAGGCCAAACGGGCAGAGUGAUCAUCUCUAGAACCGGUUCAUCUUUUUUCAUUCAGCAAAGCUAAUGAAAGCUGUUGAAAUUGAUCUAACUCUUCAGAUUAUGUUACUGUUUAAAUCCAUAAACUAAUCUGAGGCCGUUUGGAAAAGCAAAAUGAGAAGCUCCUCCAGUGUUUUAGAGGGCAAAUGAAGGCUGUGCCCAGUGCUGAAAAGUAAUCGUAUGAAGUCAUCUGGUGGCUAAUUACAUUAACGAUUAAAGACAUUAUUUCACCAGAAUUUUAACCAAUGAGAUUGGAAUUGCUCUUUUUAAAAGAGUCCUUAAAGGAAAGCAGCAAACAAAGUCAAAACAAACAUCAUCCAGAGAGAAGAAAGUGCAGAAGAAGCAGUUGCCCUGAUCCAGGACCAAAAGCUCCUCAGUCUGACCAUCAGACCAAGAAUGGGGUCAUCUAUUGAAGUGGAACAAACCAUGUGGGAUUUCUUUCUCACUCAUGUCUGGAGGGACGACAGUCGACAGGAGAUUGUGUAGCUCCUCUCCUGUCAACCAGUACACACUCCCGUCAAUCACUUCACAUGGUCUGUAUUGUUCUUGGUCAAAGUAAAUCUGUUAUUUCACUAGCUUUCAAAACACUCACAAGAUGACCUUCCAUCAGCUGAUUUAGGAUUGGUAACAUCCUUGGUUUGACACAUUAAUGAGCUGCUCAUCAGAAUCAGCUUUAUUGACCAAGUAUGUGUACACACAAGAUUUUACGUAGCUCUCGGUGAGCUGACACUCACAAUUUACAGGAAAGGGCGUCGCUUCCACUUGACCACAACUGUUUACUAGGGGCUUUGGAAGCUUAGGAAAUAAUGCAAAGAAGUUGUAGUUGCCAGAAAGUAAGACUAACAACCUGAGUGUUUUCAGGACGUAGCAGAUGUAUAUGGGUGUGGGAGGAUCAAUGGUGGACACUUUCUUGAAUCAUAGGUGCUGAUGUUCUUAGAUCAGUUCAUGAACACAGCCUUGAAAGUGGGAUGACUGAGUCAGAGUAGAGGGGAUCUCAGUUGUGGGACGCAUACUGAGGCCUUUAUGGUGGAUCUCCUGCUCAAGCUGGUCUUGGAAGGCCUGGUAUUCUUUUUUCGUUGUCUUUUUUGGUAAUGUAAUGUAUUUAAUGUUUCUGAUGGUUGAAGAUAAUUCCCUUCUACUCUGAGGGUUUGUAAAAGAACACGGUAAAUAUGACGGAUGAAACUUUAAUGGUAAGGCUAUUUUGAAAUGAUUGAAUUAUCUUGAAGUUCUAACAAAUGAGGUCUAAAGUGAUGACUGAUUGUGACAUUUUACUGGUGAUCCCCCUGAAGCCCUGAUACAGGGUGAGUUGCAAUUACAUGUCAUGCAAACCAUGUUUGUUCAUCUUAGGUUUGUUAAAGAACCACUGAUUGUUCGACACGUUUGGUUUGUGCAACAAGAAGGCUGUGCAGUGGCUCGAGGGAUUAUCACUGUACUGUAAUUAGCUUUGGGAGAUUAUCCACAGGGUCGAUUGAUUCUCAUGUCUGUAUGGUGAUGUGUAAAACCACUGCCUGAUGUGUUUAUAACUUUAAUACUAUAUAAAUAAAAUCAACUAUUUUGCUAUUCGCCCA